AUGAUAAGGGAGGGAGAUUUUGGUAAAAGGCAAGUUUUGGCGCUCAACUUGUGGGGGAAAUACUUUAGGAGGGUGGAGGGGUGGAUUCCCAUUUUCCGAGGUCUUGUUAUUUUUGGAGGGUCAAUGAUGGAAGAAAUACCUCGUUUUGGCAUGACUAUUGGGUUGGUAACUAUCAUUCCGGUCAUCUCGGAGGCUAUCGCUCGCAUAGUGCCCAACAUCCCCUACAUGCGUGCGAAUGCUCGUAUCCUCCUCGUGCUUAUA